AUGCAUUCGACUCCAGGCCGGAAACCGAAUGGACGCCUAAAGAUAAAGGUUGAACAAGCCACGUGCGACCAGUGUCGGCUGAACAAGGUACAAUGCCUCGCGCCCGACUCGGUUGAAGAGCGCUGCAGACAAUGUAAAGCUUCCGCCACCAAUUGCACCUGGGUCAUUGGUCCUAGACCGUUUGGACGCUCUCCGCCUUCCCCUUCUUUUGUGUCAUACCUCGAGAAUCGGGUUGGGGAGCUCGAGCGCAAGCUGAAACAUAUUCUUCCAGGAAUAAACUUGAACCGGGAGCUGGAGACCUUGGCACAACUUCCCGCUUUACCACCACCGCAACCGACCUUUACUCACCUGUCUCCUAGCACUUCAACCCCUCAGUCUUCGCCUAGCCCUGCGGCGACGCCGUUUCAACAUAUUCCCGCUCAGAAUGAGCCGCCGGUGCUGAAUUCUGCGCCAGCACUCCUCAAACAAGUCCGCCAAGUCACACUUUCCUCUCCUCUGGCACAAGCACCCCGGCUCAAGAAUGACAUGUACUGGUCAGCAACGGCCUCAACUAAAGAAGAAGAACCUCGCUUCCAUGGUACAUCGAGUGGAGAGAUCCUACUCCGAGACGCAAAAGAAAUAAGGCGUGAGUACGUGCCUUGGGCAGGGAGUGGCAAAAUCCUACGACGAAGACACGAAUUUUGGGAAGCUCCGCUGCCUGAAAGGCGAUGCCGUGACGCCGAACUCGAUCCCGUAGAACUUCCUCCGGCAGAUUUGAUUCGAUCGCUUGUCAACUUGUUCUUCCGACACAUGAACACGUUUUAUCCCAUCUUCCACAGAGGAUGGUUCGAGCACCGGCUUUUGUCUGGGGCGCACCUAGCUUCCGACACCACGGGUCGAACGUUUGCUCGCCUUUUGCUCCUCGUUUGCGCGGUCGCCAGUCGUUGGAGUUCGGAUCCACGGGUAUUCAUACAAGGCCAGACACUCAGUGCUGGCUAUGAGUUCUUUCGCAGAGCUGGUCCGGUAACAUGGGCUGUCAGAGCUCAGCCGAGUAUAUAUGACGUCCAAAUAUGUAUUCUCUCAGCUAUGUUCCUUCAUGGCACCUCGACACACUACGCCGGAUGGGUCGUUUUGGGAAUUGGGAUCCGCCUUGCGCAGGAUGUCGGAGCCCACAGAAGGAAGGAAGGGGACACAAUCGAGAAUGAACUCUACAAGCGCGCUUUUUGGACUUUGCUGAUUUUUGAUCGUAUGAUCUGUGCGGCGCUUGGAAGACCCUCUGCUAUGCAGGAUACUGAUUCCGACUUGGAACCGCUAAUCGAAAUAGACGAUGAAGACUGGCCAAUCGAGGGCGCUCGCUCCCAGGAUCUGGAAAAGCCAUCACGUCUGUCGUAUUUUAAUGGCUUGAUUGGGAUCACCCGAAUCUUGGGGCGAGCCAUUCAAACCCUGUACGCGCUUGACCGAACAAAACGGCAAAUGGGACUGGUUGGGUCUCAAAAAGAGGGAGAGCUGUUAGUCGACUUGCAAAGACACUUGGAGCAAUGGAAGCAAACUAUACCAUCUCACCUUCGAAUUGAGACAGCCUCGGGUAUAUUUGUCGAGCAAGCAAUUGCUUUAUGGUCAACUUAUCACCAUGUCAACAUUAUCAUCCAUAGAGAAUUCAUUACCAAGGAGUCUGUGUUGACUGCCAACUGUCUGAAUAGAUGCCGACGUUCCGCUCACGAAUGUGCCAGGCUCCUCGAUUUGCAACUUCGAAGUGAAGAAUGUCACAUUAUACCUGUCACGGUUCAAGCCGCCUUUUCAAGUGCCAUGGUCUUGACCUUUGACUUGUUGUCAGGAGAGAAAGCUUCUCGUAAUGACCGAGGCGAUCCAUGGCCAUCCACCGAAGACUGGUACCCUAAAGUGGAAAAGGAGGCAAACUUGAAGACAUGCAUGCUCAUACUGGAGUUGGCCGAGACAAAGUAUUACAUUGCUGGACGAUGGCACGAUACAUUGAAAGAAUUUCUUCACUCUGGUGUUAAGUUGGACAGCUUUAGGCCUGAGCAUAAGGUGCAAGGAUCGAGCCCUAGUAUUGAUCAACCUCCCGCCAACCGAAGAGAUAGUGGAUCCAUGCCCGGACCUGGGGAACCAUACCCAUUUAACUUCACGUAUGAUCCUCCUCGUGGCCCAAGUUACGGGCCUGAACAAGUAUCGGGUAUGGUCGCUGGUACAGCUACUUCUUCACCAUCCCUUUCAGUAGCUGCCUACAACACGUUCGUCCUACCAUACACCGCACCUUCUAAUGUACCAGCAGCUGUAUACCCCCAUAGCGCGUACCUCCCGGAUGCGUAUUACGGUGGUGAUACUGCCAUUCCUUUUCCUGGAUAUGUUUCACAGCUCAAUUUUGACCCAAAUCAGGGAAGAGAAGAAGAAUACGAGUGGGAGAGACAAGCCUCGACGUCACAAUGGCAACAGCAUAUUUACAACCCGUGGUAUACUCAAGGUGGAAACGCACCUCAAGGUCGUUAG